AUGGGGACUACAGCGAUCGACACCUCGAACAGAGACGCAUCUACGGACGCAAAGACGGACGCAUCCAACCGUACCGACGGACCAGCCAAUGCCGAAGCUGCCAAACCGCUCGCGCCACCUCCGCGACCUGGUCAACAGCAGAAUCAACAAGCGAGCGGCAACGCCGACUACUUCUCACAGCAGCCGGGAGGAGGUUCGCUCAGCCUGGAACCGAACCCGUUCGAACAAUCAUUCAGUGGCGGAGGCAGUAGUGGACAGCCAGAGACACCUGGCGGUACCAAGCUACCUUCUGUCCACACGUUGGCAUCGCCAAGUUCCCUUCUACCGCCCGGAAACACGACCCCGUUCAACUGGGGGCCUGGGUCGUCGCUGCGCACAGGACCGCUGAGUCCUGCUAUGCUAUCGGGUCCAGCCCAAGACUACUUUGGGGACGCUCACCACUUGCGCGGGGGAUUCCCUACGCCCAACGAGUCGUCCUUGCGCUCCGGCUUGACUCCAGGCGGUAGUGGGUCUAUGUUCCCGACCAACAGCCCCGGCUCGCAGUCUUUCAUCGCAUCAAUCAGCGGAGGCGUGACCCCGAGCACCAUUGACUUCCACCGUACUGCCAUGAGUGCUGCGGCCAAGAGAGAGCAGCAGAACAACAAUAACAACAACAACAAAAACAACAACAACAAGCAAACUCAACAGCAACCUGCACAGCAGGCACAGCAAGGUCAGCAGACGUCCCAGCCGGCUACGACGCAGCCACAAGAGAUGUCGAACGGCGCCACCCACAUCAAGGCGGAGCCGAAGACCUUUGAUCCCCACGAUAACGACGCUGCCAACGGUCUCUUCAUGCUUGCACAUGGUGGCAACGGAUCCCAAGGCACAAACCAGUUUGCCGCGACCUCCGCGCCUUCAGUGCACGCGCACACCGCUUCAGCACAAGUUCCCGCCAUGAACGGAGGCCCGGGGCGAGGCAUGAGCGAGCACAGCAUGGGGUCAGACGAAAGCGAGCAGACAAAGCCCACUACUCGUGGCAAGGGAAAGAAGAAUAACCAGGCCACCAACGGAAGGAGGAAAGCCGAAGAACCGUUGCCAAAGGCGCCGGCGAACAAGAAGGCCAAAGGCAACAGUGGCAAUUCGGUCAAUGGCAUGAGCGUUGAGCCUUCUGACGACGAAGACGAUAUGAAAGAUGAUGGUCAUGGUGGUAAGACGAAGAUGACUGACGAGGAGAAGCGCAAAAACUUCUUGGAACGCAACCGUGUUGCGGCUCUGAAAUGUCGUCAACGGAAGAAGCAGUGGUUGGCCAACUUGCAAAGCAAGGUGGAGAUGUUCAGCAAUGAGAACGAGGCCUUGUCGGGUCAAAUUACCCAGCUUCGCGAGGAAGUCGUCAACCUCAAGACUCUCCUCCUCGCGCACAAAGACUGUCCGGUUACCCAGCAACAAGGCAUGCAUGGCGCUUUCAUGAACCAAGUUGGCCAAGUGCCUCAGCCUGAUCCCUUCAACCAGCAGAUGAACCCAUACCAGAUGGCGGGCCCCAUGUCCAACCAGCAGGUGAUGGCCGGACAGGGUGUGCAACGGCGCUUCUCUUAG